AUGUCCGACCCGCUCCUCUUCGAAGAUACCUUCACGAUCACCACGAUCAACGCCCAGAAGUACGAUCGCGUUUCUCGUCUUACUUGCAGCAGCUCGAACGAUGCUUCCCUCCAUUUUACCCUCGAUGUGAACACUGAGCUGUACCCAUGCGCGGUGGGCGAGUCGCUGUCUCUUGCGCUCGCCUCGACUCUGUCGCUCGACGGCAAGGAGGAUACUCGUGCCAGCUGGAGGGAGGUCAGCAUGGGUGAUCAGACCCUUGCUGAUGACUACGACUAUGUUUGCCACGGAAAGGUGUACCGUUUUGAGGAGGGUACCACUAAGGACACCAUGGCUGUCUUUGUGUCUUUCGGUGGUCUGCUCCUUAACCUGGAAGGCCCCUACAAGAAGCUCGCCCCCAUGAGGAUCGAUUACGUGUACCUGCUUCUGAAGAAAUAA